UGCCCUGUGUCACGUGACCCCACCCUCGCCUAGAUACGAGAAAGCGUCGCUGCUUGGUCGCUACGGAGGGAGGGAUGGCCCCAUGGAGUUAAAACACACUUCUGUGGACUUUCAGAAGCACUUUUGACGAGUCAGUAUCAUGGCAGUGUAUGGGAAACCCUCCUCGGAUCUUUCCAGAACGACUCUAGCACGGUUGAUCGGUUGUAUAUCCACUGUAUUGUGCUGCUAGUCAAUCAUACUUCUUGGCAUGACGGAUAAAGAUUAGUUAGCAUGCUACUGAGCUAGCAAUAGUGUCCAGGCUCACAGCGACCACACCUGCUAGUGACAGUGUGGCUGGAGGAUCCUGGCAGAAAUGGGCAAACUGCAGAGCAAGUUUCGCAAGAGGUCUGAGCUGUACAGGGCAUCUCAGGGGGAGAAGGCUGAUAACAGCUUUGACAGUCAGGUGGUUCAGUAUGAACCUGCCCAUCAAGGGUCCAUCAACACUGUCACCAAUCUCACUCCAGAUCUGUGUGUUUCUGGUGGGAGUGACCAGGCAGUGGUGGUGUAUGACUGGAAGCAAGGCCGGAUGUGUCAGUCCUUUCAGGGUCACAACCGAGAGGUUACCAAGGUGAUGUGUUAUCCAGGUAGCACAUGGAUCUUUAGUGCCUCACGGGACAAGACAGUCCUGAUGUGGGACCUAAACCAGGGGGAUGAUCCGAUUCAAGAAUUCUGUGGCCAUGAGCUCGUGGUCAAUGGAGUAGCUAUCAGCCCUGAUGGGAGAAAGUUGUGUACCGGCUCUCGUGACAACUGGAUGUGUCUGUGGGAUAUAGAGUCUGCAAAAUGUGAACAGAGACAAAACAUUUCCCGAAACCUGGUAACACAUGUGUGUUGGGUGCCAGACAGCUCCUCUAUAGUCCAGACCUCUGAAGAUAAGACUGUAAGGGUGUGGGACAGCCGUGCAUGGCAGGUAACCAACACUUUCCCAGCCAAGCAAUACAUCCAGACCUACUGUGACGUUUCCCCAAACGGAAACUACCUGCUGUCCAGCAGCAACGGCUUUGGAGGACAGGGCUGUGAAGCCACGCUGUGGGACCUGCGUCAGCCCGGCUGUAAAGUGGUGGAGUACAGAGGCCAUCUCCAGACCACAGCCUGCGUUAUGUUUCUUCCGACACCUCCUGGUGGCACAGCUCGGGUAGCAACAUCCUCCCAUGACAGCUCAGUUAAAAUCUGGGAUCAGAACACAGCAGUCUGUUUUGGGACACUGUCUCUAGAUGGUGCCGGCCCUCUGGUUGCUCUGGCUCCUACUGAAUCCAACAGUCUGCUCUGUGCCAGCUUCAACUCUGGCCUCCACAAUAUCCAGCUGGGCCAAGGUUCAAACCAGGCUCAGGGUUCUGGAGGAGGUUCAGGUGGAGCUGGUGGCUUGGAUAUCAAAGUUGUGGCACGCUUCUGAUACCUGGGGAGAGCAUAGAGCAACCUGAACCCUGCAACGUGAACAUCCAGUGACUCACCAAGCACCAUCGUUGGAUACAGACACCAUGUUCAUUGUGCUUCUUUCUUUUUCUACAAUUUUUAUAUAUUUCUAGUGACAUAUUUUUUGCGCUGCUAGAUCGCCAUACAGUGAUGAAUGACGGCAGAGUUCAGCUUUUGUGCAGCUAAGCAAUCUGGACGUCAAUCAUAGCUGCUAUCCAGCCCUGUGAGUAACACAAACUACAAACCGAUGAGACUGUAAACAAUAGAAAUGAUCUUGCUUGGACUGCAGCCUCUCUGGACUAAGAAAGGACAAACAAGGGUUAUUUUUAGUCUUUUUUAAAGCUCUCUGAGAGCAGGAAGAGAAGCCAUUUGGUCAGGUGUUACUUUUCAUAAUAAGAGUAUGUUAUUAGUUGUUCCUGGAUUAAAAAUGUAAUAGGUGCA